ACAAGAACGCGUCGACAUAUACACCGUGCUUGAACGUACUGAGGUGAUAUAUUUGUUAUUUAUCCUACGGUCGAAGGCGAGUCAAUCGUGAAAAUGGCCGGGGAAAAGCGUACUCAGGAUCAAGAGGAAACCUUAUUGUCGGAAACGGUGAUCUUAGUUGACAUCGAAGGCACCACGACGAGCAUAAGCUUCGUGAAGGACACACUUUUUCCUUAUGUGCGAGAGAAUUUAAAGAAAUACAUUGAAACUAAAUGGGAGGAUGAAGAAUUCAAGCAAGAUUUUGAAAAAUUAAAGGAGCAGGCAAAAAAAGACGAAGAAGAUAAAAUUGAUGGUUUUGUACCAAUUACUGGUGCUAAUGUAGAAGAAGAAAGGGAGUCACUUGUAAAAAAUAUAUUAUGGCAAAUGGAUUGCGAUCGAAAAACAGGUGCAUUGAAACAAUUACAAGGACAUGUGUGGCGUGAAGCUUAUAAUUCUGGAACGGUUAAAGCACAUGUUUAUGAAGAUGUUCCAAAAGCACUAGAAUCAUGGACGAGUGAUGGUAAAAAGGUCUAUGUUUAUUCAAGUGGUAGUAUCGAAGCACAAAAACUUCUAUUUGGACAUUCUGUACAUGGUGAUUUACUUAAGCAUUUCAGUGGUUAUUUUGAUACUGAAAUAGGUGCAAAACAAGAAUCAAGUAGUUAUAAAAAUAUAUUAAGUAAAAUUGGAGCUGAACCAUCAAAUGUAAUUUUCUUAACUGAUGUUGUUAAAGAAGCUGCUGCCGCAAAAGAAGCAGGCUUGUCAACAGUUAUAGUACUACGUGAAGGCAAUGCUCCUCUUACAGAUGAAGAAAGAGUGACAUAUAUAACUAUUAAGUCAUUUUUAGAUUUAACAUUUCAAACUUCUACAAAACGACAAAAGUUAGAAGCUACAGAGGUUCAAGAAAAUAUAAAUAAAGGUAUGCCUGAUGUUAGUGAGCCAAUGGAUACUUCUGAAGACGUCGAAAUGUCCGAUGUCAAUGAGAAGAAGAUUGAUAAAAUAGAAACAAAAGAAGUUGUCCAAGAAGAAGCAAAAGAAUGUGCAAAAGAUCAGUUACCAAAAGAAACGCAAGUCUCUGACGUGAAAGUGGAAGAGCCUAUGGUUAUUGAUACAAAAGAUGUAUCAAAUGCUGAAAAGGUAAUGGAAAAUACAACUGAAAAGUUAGAACUUCAAUCAUCAGAGGUGAGUACAAAACUAGCAACACCCGAAAAUGUACAAGCUGCCGUGAGUAGCAACACCGACUCAGUAACACCUUCAAAGGAUGAUAUCGAUAAAUCUGCGGUUUCUGAGAAAGUAGAAAAAUCUAUGGAUACAACAGAAAAGGCUGUAGAAUCUACACCAGAUGCAAUUCCUACUGUCAAUGAUCCAUUGGAUGUUGAGACAAGUGAGCCUAAAUCAAAGUCUGAAGAAGUUACUAUUACAGAGAAUAAGACUGAAGAGAUUUCAAAUAUCGCUAAAGAAACAAAACCUGAUGAUACAAAAAUGUCAGAUACAAAAACUAAUGAAAAUGCAUUACAAGAAAAAGACAGUAACAGUAUAAAUGAAAAAUCAGAGGAAUGUACUAAUAAAUCAGAAAAAGAAACAAAUGCGGAGUCCACUGAAAAGGUUGUAAUUAAUCCUAGUAUACCAGAAACUAAAAAAUCAGAAAAUGAUGAAACUUCGGUAAAAUCUGCACAAGAGUCCACAAAAACAGAAGAAAAACCUGCAGAAAAUGGUGAUGUUCCAUUAACAAAUGUAGAAAAAAUUACUGCACCAACGAUAACAGAGCCAGAAGCUGCUAGUAGCAAAGCAGAUACAAAUAUUGAAAUGAAAAAUACGACAGAAACAGUUAAUAAAGAAACAAAAUCUGAAACAGAAUCAGAGUUAACUAAUGUAAAAUCUCCUAAAGUGAAAGAAACAGAGGAAGCAGCAGCAGUGUCUGUAAAUGAUGCCGACAAACAAGUAAGUGCCGAAGCAUCAAAACAGGAAUUGACAGAGAAACCAACGAAAGAAGACGCUGUAGCGGAUGAAACAAAAGACACAAAUACAGUAGAUUCCGAAAAGAAAAAAUUAAAUGGUACAACACAAAACGGAGAUACAGAUGUGCCAGUGUCAGAGGAUAAAUUACAGAGAAAUGGACUAAAUGAGGGCUCAUCGAAUGAAAAUGUUAAUUCGUCAACGAGCGAAAGUACUUCUGCGCAAAAUGGUGAACCAGAGAGUUCCUCUGAAGCUAGUGCAGAAUCUAUAAAAGUCAAAAAGGUCGUUGAUUCUGCAGUAGCUGAUGGUGCCGGCGAACCUGACGUUGUUCCCCCCGUAGUUGUAGCUGCGACGUCUUAAUCUUGUUCUUAUACAUUUUAAGAAGUCCUUCAUACAUAACCCCAACCCACAAUACUUAUCCGCAGAUAUAAACUGAAAAGUUGGCUCCCUACACCUUACAUAAAUCGUACGACGUUAAAGAUGUAAUACGUUAAUUUAAGAUACAGUUCAUAAGAUUUCUAUUUCUUCGACAAAUGUGAAGGGAAACGAUAAUACGACAUAUAC